ACUGUAUAACUGCACUAGCUGACUGACGGCCGCGCCGUGACUCACUUUUUUUUCUAGAACAUGCUUUUGCGAAUAGUCUUUCUCCAGUUGUUUCCUCCUUCAUGUACAUCGAGUAUUGUCAUUUGACAUAAAAGUUAGUCAUGUUCUGUUUGCUUUUUAAUUAGAGAUUUUUUUUACAGAAUUGAAUAUUGCUAUUAUACAUGAAAAGGAUUUAUCUCUAAAAUAUGCACGUGUAAAUAAGGAUACCAAUGAUUUGUAAUAAUAAAAUUGUACAAGAAAACGGCUGUUCAGACAUCUAUCUCAACUAACUACAUCCGAAGUUCAACAUGGCGAUGAACAUACCUCGUGCACCGGGCUUUGCCCAAAUGCUGAAAGAUGGAGCUAAAAAUUUCCAAGGUCUUGAAGAAGCUAUCUACCGUAACAUUGGAGCAUGUAAGGAGCUUGCAGAGACAACGCGGUCUGCAUACGGACCCAGCGGAAUGAAUAAGAUGGUUAUCAAUCAUAUAGAAAAGCUAUUUGUGACAAACGAUGCUGCUACCAUUCUUAGAGAGUUGGAGGUUCAGCACCCUGCAGCCAAGAUGCUGGUCCUAGCAUCACAGCAGAUGGAGCAGGAGGUAGGGGACGGUACCAACUUUGUCAUGGUGUUUGCAGGAGCUCUUCUCCAGUAUGCUGAAGAGAUACUCAGAAUGGGUCUCUCCCCAACAGAAGUAAUUGAAGGGUUCGAAGUAGCACUCAAGAAAACUUUAGAAAUCUUACCAGAUCUUGUGUGUGGCACCAUCAAAGAUUUGAGGAACGUUCAAGAGGUUACACAAGCGAUUAGGACGUCAGUCAUGAGCAAGCAGUACGGCAAUGAAGAUUUCCUUGCAAAGAUGAUCUCACAAGCAUGCAUUUCAGUAAUGUCAAAGACGUCAACAUUCAAUGUGGAUAAUGUCAGGGUAGCUAAAAUCUUGGGUUCUGGUAUCCUUGGAUCGUCUGUUUUACAAGGCAUGGUCUUCAAGAAGAACGUAGAGGGCACACUGAACAAUGCAUCUAAGGCCAAGAUAGCAGUCUAUUCCUGUCCUAUGGAUUCAUCACACACAGAAACUAAGGGUACUGUUUUAAUCAAAUCGGCUGCUGAACUUAUGACCUACAGUAAAGGAGAAGAAGAUGCAUUAGAAACACAAAUCAAAGCCAUUGCUGAUACAGGUGUGAGUGUUGUGGUUUCUGGUGGCAAGGUGGGUGACAUGGCGCUUCACUUCCUCAACAAGUACAAUCUCAUGGCAGUUAGGUUGAACUCAAAGUUUGAUCUCCGACGUCUGGCUCGUACAGUCCGUGCUACAGUACUACCCCGCAUGACCCCUCCCACAUCUCAGGAAAUGGGUUAUUGUGACAAUGUCUUCAUGGACGAAGUUGGAGACACGCCAGUCAUCAUCUUCAAACAAGAGUCUGCAGAGAAUUCUAUCUCCACCCUUGUGAUCCGAGGAUCGACUGAAAACAUCAUGGAUGACAUUGAACGGGCAGUAGAUGAUGGUGUCAAUACUUACAAGGCACUAACAAAGGACAACAGGUUUGUUCCUGGGGCCGGUGCAACCGAGGUGGAGCUUGCUCAUCAACUGGCUACCUACAGCGAGACCAUCCCAGGACUAGCCCAGUACGCUGUAAAGCAGUAUUCCCAGGCCUUUGAGGCCAUGCCAAGGGCUCUUGCUGAGAAUGCAGGCGUGAAGGCCACAGAGGUUCUCUCAAAGCUGUAUGCAGCUCACCAGGAUGGACAGAAGAAUGUAGGAUUUGAUAUUGAGGCUGAGGGUGCUGAUGUAAAGGAUGUUGUAGAAGCAGGCAUCAUGGAUGCUUAUCUUACAAAGCACACUGCUAUCAAGCUGGCUACCAAUGCAGCCAUCACCGUUCUUAGAGUUGAUCAGAUCAUCAUGGCUAAACCCGCAGGAGGUCCCAAGGUCAGGCAACCAGGCGGAGGAGACAACGAUGAUGAUUAGCGCUAUGCGGACUCAACGCCAAUAUGUAGUUCUCUAUAAAUUUAUUUAAUACCCUGCACAUUUGUGGAAAACAAGUACUGGAACCCAUUUACAACUGAAUUUGGUGAUUCCUAUGGGUUUUGUAGUGGGACCACUGAUUCAAGUAGGUAGUGGGUUAACCUGUUGAGUACUUAAUUUUGUAAUUCCCUAGGGGCCAUGUCUGGGGACCACCAUUUCUAGUAGGCAAUGGGUUAAAAAGAGCUGCUCUGGUCAGAUUGACCAUGUGGCAUUUCACUGUGAGUUUGUUAUUCUCAAUUGGUAUUGCCUAUGCAGAAAGUGAAGGAUUAGAUGGAAAAUUAUGCCAAUGAGGAUCCCAGUUAUAAUACACAGCUAAUGCCACAGUCGACUGCUUCCAAACCAAAGGAAGAUAUGUCAUGUGGAAAUAAUGUAAUAGCUUUGAUCGGCCUGGAGUUGGUGUUGUUGAUGUGGCUGUUGUAUCAGUGUGGUUGAGACUCUUGUAAAGGUGCCUUAGGGUGUCAGGAUUUUCUGCAAGUCACCAGGCAUUUUUCACCUAUUUGCCCUUGGUUCCCUUUAUUACGUCAACUAUGUAAUUACGAGUAUUUACCAGGAGUUCUCAAUAAAGCCUGGUGUAACUUUAUAUUUCUGGACCCUGUAAUGGAUGUGAAUAGUCUUACAAUCAAAUGUAACUCCUGAUAUGGAUAUCAAUUUAAAGAUUGAUGUCUCAGAAUUCUUGGUCCUUUGGCCAACAGCUUGCUAAAUGUAUUUUUGUGUAUUUGCCAUUACGGUAGCUUCCAUAAUAACACAUGUUCAUUAACCAAUGAAAAGCAAAGUAUCCUCUGUAAUUUCCAUAAUGGCAAAUUUACAAGAAUGGCAAAGAUUCAUGAUCCUGCUUUGAUAGACAUCCUAAUGCAUUCUUCAACAGACGUCCCCCACCCAUGCUUUGUAAUCAUUUUCUGCCAGUGCCAUUUAUUUUCUCUGCACGUUUGUAGGUCAGUGCCCGUUUACAUAGAACAUGUUACCAAUAAUAGAUUGCUAUCACCAAUGAUCAAGUACUGAGAUCCUUGCAUUUGAUUUAGUGAAGAGAAAAUUCACCAUUCAGAUAGAGCAUUUGCUACUGAAUUAAAACUGGAGCGUUCUUGUAGGUCUCUCUGUCAAUGUCUUGAAAAGGAUGUCUAUGUGUAAGCCUAUCAAGGGCAAAUAUUUAAAGGCCUGACAUCUUUCGUAAGGUCACAAUACUUCAUGAAGAUUCUAUGUGUGUAACUACACUACCUAUGAAGAAAUUCACGCAGAUGGAUGUAAGAAUACAUAAUGUUGAUGAAUUUUUCAAGAUGUUCUUUAUAUAACUUCGAUGUAAAUUCUGUAAUUACCCUUGUAAUUGCAAUUAAUGGGUAAUUGUGUGACAGUGUAUUUUCCUCUUGGGUAACAUAAUAGUCCUUGAUGGAUUAACCAAGUAAUUCUAGCAUACUUCCUCUCUUGGAAAUGCUUUCCAAUACAUUAUCCUCCUGAGGGAAUUGUGAUGUUUUAUUAGUCUUUUAUUCCCGAAGUGUUUGGUUACUGAUAUCCUGUACGGCUUGCAAAAUAUUAAAGGGAAACCCCCAUUCUUGAAAUGGAUGCCCCUAAUUGUAAAAUGGAAGAAAAAAGAAUUGCAAAUGAUACAUUAUUUUCCCUGUGAGCAUCAAUAACAGUACAUGUAUACAGAUAUCUGCAUGGGCAGAAUGACUUGAAAACAUAUUGUGAAAGAGAAAAGUACAAGAGAUUACAAAUAUCUGGCAAACAGGCCAUAUUAGAUUAAUUCUUAGUCCAAAUUUAUUACAAAUUAUGUGACAAAGUUAGUAUAAUAAUAUUUGUACAGUGAAUGAAGUAUUUCCUGUUUAAUGUGAAGAGUUCUUUGUCCAGUCACUCUUAUUUUUUUCCCCCAGGAGAAAAAUAUUAUUUAUUGCUAAGUAUUCUCAGAAUCACAAGGUUCAUUGGACCAUGAAUUCUCAGGAAUCGUGGUAUUAUGAGUAUGAAGAUAAAUUCUUGUGGAAAGAGAAAUUACAAGGAAUAGUACCUUAUUUCAUCAGGAUAAAUCAUAAUCUGUACCGUUUUCUCAAAGCUCAGCCAUUGGUUGAUUUUUUUUACAAUAAACUGAAUUGAUUAGUGUAUAAUCAUUCUUGUUAAUCAGUGUUAUGAUAAACCUCUAGGUUAUGUGUAACAGAUCUCUUUAUUCAGAGUUUCCAUGACAAUUGUUCAAUUUUUUUUUUUUUUUGCAUCCUAUAACAUCCUGUUCUCUACACAUUUCAGGGAUCUCUCACAUACACACAGAGAGGUCGUACAAUCGAUCAUUGUUUUCUUCUGUGUGCAAAUAUUUUUGUUAUUUAUAUGUAUUUAUGAUAAUUUUACAUGCCUUCAACCUUCUGUUGUAAAUAUUCAAAUGCAUGAUUUUUUUUAUACUGAGCUUCCUAGAUGAGAAUGCACUGUUACUACAAACGGCACAUUACAUGGAUGUCUCAUUUUCAGACAUAGUCCUACAUACAUUGUAAUUUACUAAUUUUUUCUAUCAAGGGAAAAAUCAAACAGCUUUCAGUAGUACCUAUAUAUCCUGGCAACAAGAAUGCCAUAAUGUGUAUGUCUUCUUGCAGCAAAUGUAUGUAAAUGCUCGUCAGCAUUAAUUUCUUCAACACACCAAAGGAUGAAUGCAAUUUGCAUUUUAAAUUUUAGAUAUGAAGUGUAUAUUUGUAUGAAGGCAAUGCAAGGGUAACUAUCAGACAAAGCACAGAAUGACAGAAACAUAUUAUUCAAGUCAUUAGAUAAUAUACUCGGAAAGGAGGGGGGGGGGGGGGGAGCUUGGUUCACAUGUAUGUCUAAUCAUUCCGGCGAAAGCUUGCAAUCUAGUCUGGAAAUCAAGCUUUCCAGUUGAGUUUUGCAUUCUGUCAUUUCCAUUUACUUGUACAGGGACUACCCAUUGUCGGACAAUGGGCCAAAUAUGCAUUCAGAAGAAAAAGUUGAACACUAUUGUCUUAUGACUGCUGAAAAUAUAACUGACAAUUCAAGGAUACUUCUAAUAAAUAAAUAUGCAUUGGCAGAGGGUUUUCUAAAAAAUAACUUGGAAACCUGAUUACAUGUAGAGUGUGUAAGUACAUAAAACAUUUUUGCAAUGUGAAACUUUUGUAUUAUUUUGAGUGGGUGUGUAACUAUGAUGUAUUGUGUUUGCUAUGUGCCGUAAUGAAAAAAAAAUUAAUUAAAAUGUCACAUGAAAGAUAAGUGUGAUAAAAAUUAACAAA